AACAAUUUUGUAUAAAAUUCGUGCAAGUAACAAAAAAAGAACUCUUGGUGGAGCAGAAAAUAUUCGGAAAAUAAAGGAACGAGGACCACCCCCACGGCAUCAAAUCGAAGCUCACAAACAAACAACAUACACGGAUCAUGGCCACCGGAGAUGAUAAGCCCGUGAUGGUCGUCGGAGCCGACGACAGCGAGCAGAGCACUUACGCCUUGGAGUGGACUCUCGAUCGCUUCUUCGUUCCUUACGCUCCCAAUUACCCCUUCAAGCUCUUCAUCGUCCACGCCAAACCUAACGCCGUCUCCGCCGUUGGUCUCGCUGGUCCCGGAACUGCCGAGGUUGUGCCUUAUGUUGAUGCCGACUUGAAGCACACGGCUGCUAAGGUUGUCGAGAAAGCCAAAUCAAUCUGUCAGACCAAAUCGGUUCAUGGCGCAGUGAUCGAAGUUUUCGAAGGUGAUGCAAGGAAUAUCCUAUGCGAAGUUGUAGAUAAGCACCAUGCUUCAAUUCUUGUUGUGGGGAGCCAUGGAUAUGGAGCUAUCAAGAGGGCGGUUCUCGGGAGCACGAGCGACUACUGCGCUCACCACGCUCAUUGCUCGGUCAUGAUCGUGAAGAAGCCUAAGAUCAAGGCUUGAAAAGCUACUGUGUUUAUCACUUAUCAGUCAAAGCAAAGUCUCUAGAAUGAGAGAAUUAGAAAAUGAAACAAUAACAUAUAGCUUGAUGUAAAACAAUUCAAGACAAUCGAUCUACAUUUUGGCAUUUUAUGUUAUGUGUGUGACAUGACAUCAGUAUUAUGUGUGUAAUUGCAUAUUACAUACAGUGUAAUGUUUUCUUUUUUGGUAUUUUAAUAAACUAUAAUA